AUGAGGGCUUUUGAGACUCCGGGAGGUUUGCCUCCUCAGCAGUUGUUCGGCGUCAAGUGUGCCGUGGCACCGAAUCGCUGUGCCGAGGCAAUGAUUCUCGAGUGGAUGGCUGAGCCUCGUGUGGGCGUGCUCAUGGACCUGGGGAGGAUCAGAUCCCUUUAUCCUGUUAUCAUGGCCCAGCUGGGGGCUGGCAGGCAGGUGGAGAAUGACUGCGUAGCUUCCAUGCUGGUGCAGGUGCUGGGGGUGAAGGAGAGCGCUGAUCUGCAGGAAGGGUUUGGUGCUCUCAUGCAGAAUCUGCUGUCAGGCGGGCUGGAAAAAGCGCAUGCAGCUGAAAAGGGGAGUGAGGGAGCUGGGGGAAUGGGUGCUGAGAAGACACAUGAGGAGGAAGGGGGAAUAAGGGGGGAGACUGCUGAGAAGGCGCAGGGGGAGGAGGGAUGGGCGGAUGGCGAGGUGAUGGAUAAGGGCGGGGGCAUGGAAAAGGAGGAGGAGCAGGGGGUUGAUGAUGCUGGUGAUGUGAGGGACGGAAGAGAACCAAAUUGUAGCAGCAAGGCGAGCGGAGGGGAAGACAAACAGCAUGGUGGUGGGGAAGGGUCGGAGUUCCGGUGCAGCCACUGCAGUGAGGGGGGCAGCAGCAAUAGUGGUGACGUGCAGGUGAAUGGUAUUCCCAAGGGCAUGUAUGUGAGUGGGGUUAGCGCCACGGAUAUUGCUCUUGCUUUUGCCAAAGAGUUGUCUAAGGCAGAGCGCUGUGUAGACGCCUGUAUGUACACAUUGGAUGGAAACAAUACGAAUAAGGUGAGGGUGGAAGAGGCAGCAAUUGAGGAGGCUAGAAGCAGGCUGAAAAGAGGGGUAGGUGGAAAGGGCAGAAUAUGGGGUUCAGGAGCAAUAGGAGGAAAAUGGACAGCAGCAAACACGAAUGGGGCAGCAGCAAGCAGGAGUGGGGCAGGAGCAAAGAUGAGUUGGGAAGCAGCAGAUGCGAGCAGGGCAGCAGCAGCCGCGAGCUGGGCAGCAGAAGCAUCAGCAACUGGUAAGGCAUUUGCUUCCAGUGCUUCUGCUUCAGCUGGCAACCGGCCUUGUGCACGAGUAGAUGGCACCUGCGCUAGGCUCGGUGCCAUCCCGAAGCCUCUAACUGCUGAAAGUCUUCCUAUAGAGUGGGAGGAAUGGCCACAUGGUGAUGAAGCUGCUUCGAAGCUUCCUUAUGAUCUCGAUGCGAGAUUCUACCUGCUGGGUGUUGUGGAGGAGAGUGCAACGGGGGUGGAGAGUGAGCAGAGGAGGGUAACAGAAGAAGCAUCAAAGGCUGGGAGGAGGCACAAGAGGGGGAAGGUGCGAGGAGCCAAGGCACCAGGCCAAGCAAGUGACGGCAGUGGCAGCGUUGCAAACAGAGGGCACGGUGAAGAGCAAAGGGCCAGUUCACAUGCAUGCGGCAUGGCUGUUGCAAGGCCGCCUUUUAGAAGGAAGCUGCCCAUCGUGUGCUGCGUGGCAGAUGCAGAAUUUUUUGUGGAGGGGGUCGGCCGGUUGAUGAGUCCACCGGCAUGUGCUCAAUGCAUCCAUUGCCACCGCACUUUCUACAUCCGCAUCCCAUCCAUCACCCUCAUUGCCAAGUUCGCCUAUUGCCCCCUCUACGUUCUCUUUAACCGCUUCUUAUCUGUCUUCCCGCCACACUCUGCUGGGUUUGAUGCACUUUUGGAGAACAUGGGGUUGCCGCCGUUUCCCUCCGGCUCGCCUUCACGUACCAACCUUGCGGUUCUGUGCGGUGAGCUAGAGAAGGAGCGCAUUUUCUUCCUGCUCCUCGUGGCCCACAUGUGGCCGACUUCCAUUCUGGAUAUGGAAUAG